AUGAUUUUGCUUACUAAAAAUUGUCAAUGCUUUUUAUUCUUUUUAAUUAGGAUUGUUCAUUUGAUCUUAGCAGAUCCUUGGGGUUUUGUCGAGGAUCCUUUAAAAGUUAAAGAUCAGUCGAAUGUAGGUGCAGCUCAAGCAUGGAUAUUUUCGACUUUCCGUCAAAUAUUCCGUCCCUUUAAUCCUUUAUCCUUUCUUCGUGCUGCCGGGCCUUUCGGGCCUAGCCUUAUCCACUAUUUCCGUCAGGAUCUAAGAGGGUUUUUCGACCAAAGACCCAUUCGCGUGGAAGAGAUGACAGAAAUACCUCGAGCAGAACAACUUGAAUCGACCCAGAAUUUUUCUUACGAUAAUCACAUUCAGUCAACUAAUGAUGAGGAUGAUGUUUUCAAGCCUCCAUCACCGAUCCACAGAACGAUGAAGACUGGGGAGACCGUCUAUGACAAAUCAAAUUCCAAUACAAUGGAUUCUAUUGAUUUAAACGAUUUGGAUGGGUCUGUAGCUUUGGAUUACGUCUAUCAUAUUAACUGUCAGCAUCCAAGCUUAGCAUAUUGUCUUCAUGGUCAAUGUUUAGAUGAAGAUCCAUAUGCUGUUACCACAAACACUGAUUCUGCUUUUCAUUCGUUCUUGUUAUAA